AUGCAAAGAAGUGUUAGCAACAGUGCUAACAGUGGCACGGCGGCUCAUCCGGCAUGUGCUUCGUGCAAGCAUCAAAGGAAGAAGUGCGGCGAGGAUUGCAUAUUAGCACCAUAUUUUCCGGCGGAAAGAAGCCGGGAAUUUCAGGCUGUUCAUAAGGUGUUUGGAGUAAGCAACGUUAUGAAAUUAGUGAGGAGUGUUAAGGAAGAAGAUAGAAAAACAGUGGCAGAUUCUUUGGUUUGGGAAGCUUUUUGCAGACAGAAUGAUCCUAUUUUAGGUCCUUUAGGAGAAUAUAGAAAAAUCCAGGAGGAACUCAAGUUGUACAAAAACCAAACCCAAACCCAAAACCAAAACCAAACCCAAACCCAAACCCAAAUUCUAAACCAAAAUCAAUUGGUGCAGCAGCAGCAAGGAAGCAUGAUUUACAAGGGAACUCCUGGGAUGGUAGCUUGGAACAAUGGGAUUAAUGGAGUGAAUAACAAGGGAAUUGAAGGAGGAUUGCCUACUACUACUACUAAUAAUAAUAAUAUGGUAAAUUUUAGUCAUGAAAAUGGGAGUAUGAUUUAUAGUAGCUAUCCUUUAAAUUAUGUUCAAGGUCCAGAAAAAAUUAUGAAGCAAGAAAAAGAUGUGAGUAGUCGUCUUCUUCCAUUGCAGCCACAGCAGCACCACUCCAUUGCUACUGGAUUCAAUCAUCAGCAACAGUAUUAUCUUCCAGGGCAAUUUGGUUCUAUGAAUGGGAAAACGAUUGACAAUAGCAUAUGGGAAGGAGGACCAUGA